GGUCAAGGCGCCUGACUACGGAUCAGGAGAUUCCAGGUUCGACUCCUGGCGGGAUCAUUUUUCUACCCAUGGCUAAUUUUGAACGAUUUGUCUCAGUAACAGAAAAAAGUACGCAAAGGUAUAAAAUUUAGAGUCUAUUCGUUUCUUUUAAUUUUUAAUUUUUUUUCUUUAUUGCUUUCAUCUUUUCCAGUGAUUCGGAAAAGGUGUUCUUUUUCGUAUUCAACAUCCCAUCUCCCAAAGCCUGGUCUGUAUCGUAAACUCUUCUACGGUAGCAAGGUUGGGUUUUUAACAAUCUCCCAGAUCAUAAAGCGGGAUUUCUUUUUUCUCCUCUUUGAGGAAACGAACUCACUUUUAGAGAACAGGAUUUCGUAUUUCAGCUUGGCGGUUUUUAGGAUUCUCACUGUUAUUUGACAACUUGCAAGUUGCAACUUUUAUUCUUUUUCAAGGACCAUUUAUUUAAGAGGGUCUAUAUUUUACUACAUAUUUUUGUAACACAUUGAACGCGCUGAGAUCCUGGUUUGCUCAUAUCUUUGCAUCGCACGUUCCUCUUCAUCAAUUCGACUAUUUGACUAUUUCAGCAUCCUGUUGGCGCGUUUAUUUGUUCUAUUUUAUUUUGUAUUUAUUACUAGGAUUCUUUACAAUAAAAAGGGUGUUCUUACGAGAUAUCUACUAUGAUUCAAUUUGUUCUUGUUCAAAAUCGCCAUGGAAAGAACCGUCUCUCCAAGUACUACGUCCCUUUUGAUGACGUUGAGAAAACACAAGUAAAAAGUCAGAUCCAUCGACUUAUUUCCCAGAGGACGCAAAAAUACCAAGCCAACUUUCUGGAAUGGAGAAAUAGUAAGUUGGUCUACCGUCGCUAUGCAGGUCUCUAUUUUUGCUUUUGCGUCGACACAUCGGACAACGACUUGGCUGUCUUAGAAAUGAUCCACUUCUUUGUUGAGAUUUUAGAUUCUUUCUUUGGAAACGUUUGCGAGCUUGAUCUUAUUUUUAAUUUUUAUAAAGUUAGCGCUAUAUUGGAUGAAAUUAUACUGGGAGGUGAAAUUGGCGAGUCCAACAAAACUGCUUUACUUGAACGAAUUGAAGCCCUUGACAAGCUUGACUAAUCUUUUUGUGAAAUGAUUGUUUGUUUCGCUGUAAAAAGAACUUUUUUUAUAAAUUUUUUGUUUUUUUUUUGCAAAAAUUUAGUCCCUUUCCCUUCUGUUCUCUCAUUUGUAUAAUACGAUGAAUCUCAAUUUCUUUUCUGGUUGUUCUCUUAAUGCCUUUAAUUUAACUUCUAUUUCUAAUACCCUAAAUGUUUUUGUAUAAUUAAUAUAUACUUUUAUUCAAUGAUUUAUA